AUGGCAAGAGCUGAAAUGAAAAAACCAUCGCAGUGUACAACCGGACCCGUAACCAGUGCUUCACUAAGAGAACCACUGAAUGUCCUACAGAUGAUUGCAGCAUCAUGCUAUGGACCAACUGGUAGGCUCAAACAGGUCCAUAAUGGUAGUGGAGGUUAUGUUAUUACAACAUCACAGUCCUCUGCCUUACUUGGCGGCUUGUCUAUUAGCCAUCCAGUCUUACAGUUGCUUGUGUCCUCUGUCCGUAAUUAUGUAUCUCGCUUCAAUGAUGGUGGACUCUUUGCAGUAAUUCUUUGCUGUAACCUCAUUGACAGAUGCCUGAAUUUACCGGUGUCCCCUCACAAAGUAAUAGCUAUAAACAGAAGGAUUUUGGACAUGUGUUUGAAUUAUCUGACAUCUGAGGAGUGUGCAUGCAAACUAAAGGUAGAUUUUAGCUGUAAUGCCUCAUUAUUUGAUCUAACAAGAUCUGUGCUUCACAGUAAACCUGCUUGCAUGCUUACCAUAAAAGAAGUCGAUUACAUUACCAUGUUAGUUGUCAAAACCUUUCUCUUCAAAGUUCCUAUGGAGAGCCUAUCAAAUAUGGUAUUAGGAAGGACCGUGAUGGUCCCCGUCGAAGGUCUGAGUGUAAUGAAGUCUACCUUAGUUCCUGGUGUCCUCAUCGAAAUGCCAGCUAGCAGCUGGAGCCGAACCCUAACGUUGUCAGACUUACCCCCUACAAACAUUACAUUGGCCUUGUUUUCAGUCUCAAUGUGUGGAGAUUUUAGUGAUACAGGGGAUGGCUCUGUUGAUGUGGUGGAUAGUGUAGACCCUGAACAAGUCAUGCUGGAACAGUUGAUGGCCUUGGGCAAACAGUUAGUGGAUGACCAUGUUCAUGUACUUGUCUGUCAAAAAGUUAUUCAUCCAUCUCUGAAACAAUAUUUAAAAGAGCAGAAGAUCCUUGCCGUAGAAAGAUUGGGAGCAGCUCUUAUGGAACCACUAAGUCGGAUGACAGGUGCGCAGUCUAUAGCUUCUCUGAGCUUUCUUUCCUCUACUUGCUAUGGCAGCCUCAGGAAAAUCAGCAAAAUGUCCCAUGGAAACAAGCAGUACUUGCAUCUUAUUCCCUGCGACACAUCCGUGUGCAGCUUUGUGCUCUGCAACCGAAAUGAGACAUCCCUGAAAGAGCUUGUGAGAGUUUAUCAGACUGCAGAACAUACAUUAAAUCAACUGCUUAAGGAUCCCCGGCUGCUUCUUGGAGGUGGCUGCACCGAAACACAUUUGGCUGCUUAUGUCCGCUAUAAGAGUGCCAAUAUCCACAGCAGCCAUCUGGAAGGGCAGAACUGCUCUGUGGCAGAGUAUAAACUGGUGUCAGACUGCUUCUCUUCUUGCUUAGAAUCAGCAGCACGAAGUCUGGAACAUGAUGGUGGAGACACUCUUACUGAUCUUCAGGAUGGUCACUUCUGGUCCAUUCCUCCUAAUUCUACUCUAGACUUCAAUUGUAUAGAGACUAAACAGAAGUGUGGUUGUCAGUUACUUGGAAAGACUGAUGUCAUAGAGUGGAGCAUGCUAGGCAGUUCCCACAAAGCAUUCAGUCCACGAAACCAUACAGAUGUAUUUCCGUUAUUCGUGAACAGAGAGCCACUGGUUGUGGAUAGUUUCACUGGAAAAUACAAUGGACUGAAAGUGGCUGUGGACACAGCAGGACUGAUUUUGGACUUGGCAUAUGUUAUUAACGAUGAAAAUUAA